AUGGGAACAUGGAUAAUAUAUCUCUCAAGUUGCCAGUCUUUAUUCUUUCUAAUGAUUCUCAUCAAGUUCUUCAUCAAACUAUGGUGGACUCCAACUCGCCUACAGUCUAUUAUGAGUUCACAAGGAAUCAAGGGCCCUCCUUACAGAUUCCUGCAUAGAAGCACCAAAGAGAUCAUAAACAUGGGAAAUGGAGUCAUGAUCAGUCCCAUGGAGUUAUCGCAUCAUGUAUUUCCUAAAAUUCAGCCUCACGUUUAUUCAUGGAUGAAGCUCUAUGGGAAAAACUUCGCAGACUGGCUCGGUCCUCAUGCUUACUUAGUAGUUACUGAACUUGAGCUAGUUAAAGAAAUUCUAAGCAACAAAGCCGGAGCUUAUCCGAGGAGGCAGCUCGAAGGUUACUGGAAGAUGCUCUUAGGGGAUGGCCUUCCGACUAAGGAGGUGGGCAGGACAGGCACAAGGUUACCAGGUUUCUGCCUAAACAGGAUUAGGCCCCAUGUUAGAGUCCGGUCUCCUCCAAUACAAGCCAAGCCUAAUGUGAAUUUUUCUGACACUGAUCAAAAGGAUGAAAUUUGUGGCAAAGUUGGAGAAGAUAAAUCCAGCAAUGGAGAAAAACCUGGGUUUGUAAUUGGAAGGAAAAUCAUGAUCGUGGUUGAUUCCAGCAUUGAAGCCACGGGAGCUAUACAAUGGGCACUCUCUCACACUGUCCACUGUCAGGACACAGUUAUUCUUCUUUAUGUGACAAAGCCCUCGAAACAAGUUACAAAUGAUGUGUCCGAUAAGAGCGAAGCUCCAAGUCCAAGGGCAUGUGAACCAGUUUCCUCCCUGAAAAAUAUGUGCAAGCAGAAGAGACCGGAGGGGGUUGACGUAGCAGUGGUGCAGGGAAAAGAGAAAGGUCCAACAAUAGUUGAAGAGGCCAAAAAACAAGGAGUAGCACUUCUGGUUUUGGGACAGAAAAAAAGGUCCAUGACUAGGCGUCUCAUCAUGAUGUGGGCGGGGAACCGGGUAACUGGUGGAGUUGUCGAUUACUGUAUCCAGAAUGCUAGUUGCAUGGUAGUUGCAGCAAGAAGGAAAAGAAAAAGACUUGGAGGUUAUUUGAUCACCACUAAGCGGCACAACGAUUUCUGGCUCUUGGCUUAA